GUUAUUAACCAAUUUCCACCUCCCCUCCUCUACUGCCACUGCGACGGCCUUUGCUUUUUGAACACCCAUAAUGGACAGAGAAUCUUCCGAUGAAGAAGAAGAUCGCCGCCAUCUAAUUCAUCAAAAUGAUACAAUCCCUAAAUCUCCUCACCCUUCUACCUUCCAGAUCGACGACGACCACCCCAACCAGUUCAAGAGCCCUCGUCACUCCUCCUAUGCUAAUCAUGUUCUCAAUUUCACCUUCAACAAAAGGUACCUAUUUGCUAUUGCUCUCCCCCUCCUCAUCAUCUUCAUUUAUUUCACCUCCGAUUUCAAAGCCCUAUUCCGUACACAUCUAUCUUCCCAUUAUGACCAAGACGGUGCGGUUGCUUCUAAUUUGAUGCGUCAGUCUGAAUUGCGAGCUUUAUACUUGUUAAAACAGCAGCAAUCACGCCUUCUUGAUUUAUGGAACCGUGCAGCAAUUCCUAGUGUCAACUCCAAUUCCACCGACUCCAAUUCAUUUCAAGAUUUUCGAUCUGCCCUUAUUGAUCAAAUUUCUUUGAAUAAGAAAAUACAGGAUGCUUUAUUGUCGACCCAUCAGUUGGGGAGUUGGUUGGAUUCCGGAGAACAUAAUGUUACGGACCCUCGUCUUUCUGGUUUAACUGCUUGCCAAAAAGUAGACCAAAAAUUAUCUGAAAGGCGAACAAUAGAUUGGAAGCCCAAACAAGGUAAGUAUCUAUUCGCCAUUUGCACGUCUGGCCAAAUGUCCAACCACUUGAUUUGCUUAGAGAAGCACAUGUUCUUUGCUGCUGUGCUGAACCGUGUGUUGGUUAUUCCCAGUGCUAAGGUUGAUUAUGAGUUUAGCCGUGUGCUUGAUAUUGAUCACAUUAAUAAGUGUUUGGGCAGACAAGUUGUGGUCACGUUUGAAGAGUUUGCAGAACUUAAAAAAAAUCAUAUGCACAUAGACAAGGUUUUAUGUUAUUUCUCAUUGCCCCAACCUUGUUACGUUGAUGAUGAUCAUGUAAAGAAGUUGAAGGCUCUGGGUGUUUCACUGAGUGAGCUUAAGACCGUAUGGACUGAGGAUGUGAAGAAGCCAACAGAGAGAACAAUCCAGGAGGUAACUGAAAAGUUCUCCUCCAAUGAUGAGGUUCUUGCCAUUGGAGAUGUCUUUUUUGCUGAUGUGGAGAAACAGUGGGUGAUGCAGCCAGGUGGUCCUAUUGCUCAUAAAUGUAAGACCUUGAUCGAACCAAGCCGUCUAAUCUUGCUAACCGCCCAGCGCUUCAUCCAAACUUUUUUAGGAGAAAAUUUUGUGGCUCUUCACUUCCGGCGCCAUGGCUUCUUAAAGUUUUGCAAUGCCAAGAAUCCAAGCUGCUUCUUCCCAAUUCCUCAAGCUGCGGAAUGUAUUACCCGUCUUGUUGAAAGAGCCAAUAUGCCAGUGAUAUAUCUUUCUACGGAUGCUGCAGAAAGUGAAACUGGAUUAUUGCAAUCACUUGUUAUGCUGAAUGGGAAGACUGUGCCACUCAUUACACGGCCGGCUCGUAAUUCAGCCGAAAAGUGGGAUGCAUUAUUGUAUAGAAAAAAACUUGAUGGGGAUCCUCAGGUGGAGGCAAUGCUUGAUAAGACCAUUUCUGCAUUAUCCGGCGUGUUCAUUGGAGCUCCGGGAUCGACCUUCACAGAGGACAUUCUUCGGUUACGCAGAGGGUGGGGAACAGCAUCAAGAUGUGACGAGUAUCUGUGUGAGGGUGAGGUGCCAAAUUUCAUUGCAGGAGAUGAAUGAAUGCAUGUGUAUGUAUACAGUGCUUGUCUUGAAGGUUAAAUUAGUAAUUGUAACAUAUGAUAUUAUAAUAGCAUUAGAAUUAGAACAAUUUUUUGAAUCAGAUGAAGAGCUUGGGCGAGUGUUCUUUGUUGUGCUUCUGGAUUACAUACCUCAUCUUAUCUUUAUGGGAAGAUAGCUGCAAAUCAUGCAAUUCUUA